UCUUCCUCUCCGGAAGGAGAGCCGCCGCAGAGGAGAUAGGAAAUAUAGAAAUAGCAUAGGACUAGCACUACGGAAGCUUAGCUUUUGAUUUCUCUUUGGAGAGCUUUUCGUCUUGUAGCUUAGCCGCAGUUGUUGACUUUUCUUCUUAGUCUUUGUUAGUUAGCUUUUUCUUACGCAGGGAAGAUUGCUGAGGAGCUUAGCUUAUGUCUUUGAUUCUGCCUAUUCAAUUUCUCUUCUCCGAAUGUCGGGCAAAAGCGAACACACUCAGUGGACUCUUGUAGCUUUCUUUCUUUAUUGAAUAGACGAAUUGAAUUCGCCCAGCUUCCCAAUUGAUGGCCGCAGCUUUUGCAACAAUUUCUGGCGGAUUUAGUUCAUCAAUUAUGAACUAAUUUUCUUUCUCUAGUCAAGGGAUAAUGGAUGCUUUGGAUUGCCUAAAACUUCAUUGCUAUUGGACGAGAAGGUGGUGUGGCACCCCUGAUAGCAUUUGCACGAUCUGAUGCUGAGAAUCUUUACAAGAAGCUGGUGAUUGGGAUUUGAAAGAAGGAAAUAGAUGAUGUAUGAGAAGUCAGUUGCCCUUGAUGCAGUCAUCAAGGAAGCUGUUGAUCUUGAAAACAUUCCCCUUGAAGAGGUAUUUGAUAAUCUGAAGUGUACUAGGAAAGGUUUGAGCUCAGAUGCAGUUAAAGAACGAUUGGAUUUGUUUGGUUUCAAUAAACUUGAGGAGAAGAAGGAAAGUAAAGCAUUGAAAUUCUUGGGCUUUAUGUGGAAUCCUCUGUCUUGGGUCAUGGAGGCCGCUGCUAUCAUGUCCAUUGCUCUUGCAAAUGGAGGGGGCAAGGGUCCAGAUAUUCAAGACUUUGUUGGUAUCUUGCUUUUGCUCAUUAUCAACUCAACCAUCAGUUUUAUUGAGGAAAAUAAUGCUGGAAAUGCUGCUGCCGCUCUCAUGGCGCGGUUGGCUCCAAAAGCAAAGGUCUUGCGUGAUGGUAAAUGGAGUGAAGAAGAUGCUUCAGUGCUGGUUCCAGGUGAUAUCAUUAGUAUCAAACUUGGUGACAUUGUCCCAGCUGAUGCACGUCUUCUAGAAGGGGAUCCACUAAAAAUAGAUCAGUCUGCACUUACUGGAGAAUCCCUUCCAGUAACCAAGAAUCCUGGUGAUGGGGUUUAUUCAGGCUCAACAUGUAAGCAAGGUGAGAUUGACGCAGUCGUAAUAGCUACUGGAGUUCAUACUUUCUUUGGCAAAGCAGCUCAUCUUGUGGAAAAUACCACACAUGUUGGGCAUUUCCAGAAGGUUUUAACAGCAAUUGGAAACUUCUGCAUUUGCUCCAUUGCUGUUGGAAUGCUUAUUGAAAUCAUUGUCAUAUAUGCAAUUCAAGAGAGAUCAUACCGAACUGGUAUUGAUAACCUUCUUGUACUUCUCAUUGGUGGUAUUCCAAUUGCAAUGCCCACUGUACUUUCUGUUACCAUGGCAAUAGGAUCACAUCGAUUGUCUCAACAGGGUGCAAUAACAAAAAGGAUGACGGCAAUUGAGGAAAUGGCUGGGAUGGAUGUCUUAUGCAGUGAUAAGACAGGCACACUUACACUUAACAAGUUGACAGUGGACAAAAAUAUGAUUGAGGUUUUCGCUAAAGGUGUUGACAAGGAUGCAGUUGUACUAAUGGCUGCAAGAGCAUCAAGGAUAGAGAAUCAAGAUGCUAUUGAUACAGCAAUUGUUUCGAUGCUAUCGGAUCCUAAGGAGGCACGAGCUGGAAUCAAAGAAGUUCACUUUCUCCCGUUUAAUCCAACUGACAAAAGAACAGCUCUGACAUACGUAGAUAAAGCUGGGAAAAUGCAUAGAGUAAGCAAAGGUGCACCAGAGCAGAUUCUCAAUCUAGCAUAUAACAAGUCAGUGAUUGAGAAAAAGGUACAUUCCAUCAUUGACAAAUUUGCAGAUCGUGGUCUUCGUUCUCUUGGAGUUGCUUAUCAGGAAGUGCCUUCAGGCAACAAAGAUGGUCCUGGUGGCCCCUGGGAAUUCAUUGGCCUUCUCCCGCUUUUUGAUCCACCCCGACAUGAUAGUGCAGAAACAAUUAGAAGAGCGCUUGACCUGGGAGUCAGUGUGAAAAUGAUAACUGGUGACCAGUUGGCAAUAGCUAAGGAAACAGGAAGACGACUUGGAAUGGGCACAAAUAUGUAUCCUUCUUCAUCUUUGCUUGGAGGCAGCAAAGAUGAAGCAGUUGCAGCACUACCAAUAGAUGAACUUAUUGAGAAAGCUGAUGGUUUUGCUGGAGUCUUUCCUGGUAAAUCUUGCAGUCUAAAACUCAAAUUCCUUCAAAGUCCAUAUAUGAUGUGUUACCAUAAAAGCCUUGAUCACAAUUGUGGCUUUAUGCGUCCUUUUGUAGAACAUAAAUAUGAGAUUGUAAAAAGACUACAAGCACGAAAGCACAUUUGUGGAAUGACUGGAGAUGGAGUAAAUGAUGCACCUGCACUAAAGAUAGCUGACAUAGGUAUUGCAGUAGCAGAUUCAACUGAUGCUGCUCGAAGUGCCUCUGACAUUGUUCUGACAGAACCUGGCUUAAGUGUGAUCAUCAGUGCUGUCCUAACAAGCCGUGCAAUUUUCCAAAGAAUGAAAAACUAUACGAUAUAUGCUGUGUCUAUCACUAUUCGUAUUGUGUUAGGAUUCAUGUUGCUGACAUGUAUUUGGAAAUUUGAUUUCCCUCCUUUCAUGGUUCUUGUCAUUGCCAUCCUGAAUGACGGUACAAUCAUGACAAUUUCCAAAGACAGGGUUAAACCUUCCCCAGUUCCAGACAGUUGGAAGCUUAGUGAAAUUUUUGCCACAGGGGUUGCUCUUGGUGCUUACAUGGCCGUGACUACUGUUAUAUUCUUUUAUGUGGCAUAUGAAACUAGCUUCUUUAAGAAUGUUUUUAACGUAAGGAAUUUCAACAAGCACGAAUUCGAUAUGUCAAACGAUGAGGUAGCUAAGCGCCUCAAUCAAAUGGUGGCAUCAGCAGUUUAUCUCCAAGUUAGCACCAUCAGCCAGGCCCUAAUUUUUGUGACUCGCUCGACGAGUUGGUCAUUCAAAGAGAGACCUGGUUUCCUCCUAGUGACAGCCUUUGUUAUUGCACAGCUGAUUGCAACUGUAAUAUCUGCCACUGCAACCUGGGGUUUUGCUGGAAUCAGAAGCAUUGGCUGGGGUUGGACCGGUGUCAUCUGGUUAUACAAUAUCAUCACCUACAUGCUUCUUGAUCCCCUUAAGUUCUUGGUUAGAUAUUCACUCAGUGGAAAAGCCUGGGGUCUGGUGGUGGAAAAAAGGACUGCAUUCUCCACCCAAAAGAACUUUGGAAAGGAAGCCCGUGAGGCUGCUUGGGCCACGGAGCAACGGACACUGCAUGGCCUCCAUGCUCCUGAGCCAGUGAAGCUAAUAGAUCGCAAUAGCACAUUCCAGGAGAUGAAUAACGUGGCUGAAGAAGCCAGAAGGCGUGCAGAGAUUGCAAGGUUGAGAGAGCUUCACACCCUUAAGGGCAAGGUGGAGUCUUUUGUCAAGCUGAAGGGAAUAGAAAUUGAUGCCAUUAACCAGAACUACACUCUUUGAUCUGCAUUUCUACUAUUAAUCCUUUAUUGUUUCUAAUUCUGUAAUUUUUAUUAGUUCUAAGAAACCACGGGCUCCUGCAGAAAAGGUAGAGCAAAGGCGUGAUUCUUACAAUAGCAUUAACCACUGAUUUUUGCCUAACUUGCUGAUGGCGCAUCAGCUAGCGAUGACCAAUUAAUCACGCCUACCAAACGAUUUCUGAAUAUGCAAAGGUGUUUUGAACU